UAUAUAGAAGUCCAUAAUAGUAAUCAUAAUCAUAACCUCUUGAAAGACUUAUUAGGACAUCUAAUGUUACAUCAACUUACAAAGCACAAAUUAGUAAGAGUUACAGAAAUAACAACCUCUGAUUCACAUUCUAUGGAAAUAAUAUUAACUAUUUAUCAAAAUGAUCUAUCAGCAUUAGCAAUAAGUAAGGUUAUUAUAAUGCAUAUUAGCAGUUUUGCAAAAGAAAUUUGGCAGAUCAUACCUUAG